AUGAAAUUCCUCAUUGUUUUAUGCGCUGUAUUCGCAGUUGCCUUCUGCAAACCCGGUCAAAGCCAUGGAGGCGGCGGCGGCGGAGCUCAAGUCUUCCAAGUUCAAGUACAAGGCGGCGGCGGCGGUGGCGGCGGCGGAUGGCAAUCAGCUCCUGCUGCUCCCCCAGCUCCUCCUCCACAAGUUAUCCAUGUCAUUCAAGAACAAGCUCCUCCUCCCCCACCUCCAUCAGGCGGCGGCGGCGGUCAAGUCUUCCAAGUUCAAGUUCAACCUGCUCCUCCUCCACCCCCACCACCAUCUCAUGGCGGCGGCGGUCAAGUCUUCAAGGUUCAAGUUCAACAAGCAGGAGGCGGCGGCGGCGGCGGCUGGUAA